AUGGAUCCAGUCGAGAAGGUCUUCAGAGACCUACCAAGCCCUGAUGCUGAUCAGGCUACUCAGGAUCAGCAUGGCGAGUAUGAUCAACAGCGUUACAAGCAAGUUUUCAUGUCCUUCCGUUCUUCCCGCUCUCAAGACCCGGACCGUGAGUUAGUUGAAAAGUAUGUCAGGGCUCUCUCAGAGUCUUUAGACGCCACUACGCUGCGCAGUGAGCUCGGACGGCUCGCCCUUGAGAAGCCCCAAAUUCUAGAUGACGGCUCAAUGAAGUCCCAACAGCUCAAGUACCAUGCGUGGAUUUCCCAGGGACGUAAAGACGAAGCGUAUCCUUUCAAGCCCAAGACUAAGUUGACAGACACCAAAAUCUGUGCUAACUGCGCAAAGCCCAACGCCAAGGCCGCAUGUAGUGGCUGUCGAGUCGAGCUCGACGGCCAUGUCGUCAUGAAGAUCGCAUACUGCGACAAAGACUGCCAAGCUCAGCAUUGGGAACAGCACAAGUCCCAGUGUUUGGGCAGACGAAAGGUUUGCCGUGCGGUAUCCUUGCUCUACGACCUAUUCGCCAUGUUUCAAAAGAAAGCUUCGAAUGACAAGCAAGUGACUGGUAUUGUUGAAAAGCACGGUAUUACGAAUAUUCUUCACGGCGAGCCGAAUGACUGGGCAUUGCAAGGGAAGCAUUUUGUUUGCAACUUUCCAGUUGAGAUGGCGCCGACUGAAGAGCAUGCUCUGGCUGUGUUGUUUGACAGCGAGUGCCAACAGGUUUUCAGCACCUGUCAAGGCCUUGUCAGCCUAUUCUUGCUACCGCUUUGCAAGACCGUAGAAGAAGUGAACAUCAUUCCCCGCAAUGCUCACCGUCCCACGAAUGACCUGAGACAUGGCAUGGCACACAAUGCCAUGUAUAACGCUCACACCGUGUUGCGUGCGACGCUCAAGUCUGGAGAACAGAUGGCGAUAGAUGUUACCGGUGCCCAGUUUGGCUGGCGUGAGACGGUGGCGCUAUGGAAAACCUGGACCACCCAUCGUGUGACCGGCAAGGCUUGCCCAACGCCUUGGGGUCACGCUCAACAGAGCAUGCAGACAAUGUACCCAUUUCUGGCUGCCCAGUUUGUACAGGUCAGCGAAUCGCAACGUUCGUCGUUGGCACAGAUUAUGCAGACUGCUGUUGAGAAUAAGAUGAAGGAGCACAAGGCGCCCUCUGCAAACCGAUUGUACAAGCUCGGCGAUGCAGCCUUUGCAGCAUGCAAAGAUGCCAUGAUGUCAAGCGCAGAGGAGGCACUUGACAAUGGUCUCCGCGACAUCCACGAGUCGGGGGUAGGCCGCUGCUACAUCGAUGCACGCGGCAUGUGGCAGGCUACGACGACUAAACAGCAGGCUCAGGCUCUCAAGGACGUGUGGCUAACGGACGAAGACGUGAAGAAGGCGGUGAAGAAGGGUAAGAGCCUGCAAACGAUGUACCAGCUGCGGUGCCAAGGCACAGCCACAAGACAGAAGUUCAAGGCUGCGGGCUUAGAUAUGCCUUAG